AUGGAUCAAUUUGAUACAUAUUCAAAAGCAUCAACAUUUUCCUCAUUUACUCCUAUUAAUAAUAAUAAUGAACGUUCAUCAGCAACUACAUACGGUGAGGGAUAUGUGUAUACAGGUCCAUUAACUGCACAACAGUAUGAAGCUCAAACUAGAUCUACACUUGAAAUGUCAAAAUCAAUAGGCCAACAAGGUGGUGAUGGACAGAAUUUAGCUUCAACAUCAUCAUCAUCUAGUAUUAAUAAUAUAUCUUUAUCAUCAUCACCAUCGAUUGAAAUUGUGAAUACAACUAAUAAUAAUACUAAUCAAUAUCAAUUUAAAGUUAUGUUAUUAGGUGAUAGUGGUGUUGGUAAAACAUGUUUACUUGUACGAUUUAAAGAUGGUACAUUUCUCGCUGGAAGUUUUAUAGCUACUGUUGGUAUUGAUUUUCGAAAUAAAUUAGUGACACUUGGUGAUAAGAAAAUAAAAUUACAAAUUUUUGAUACCGCUGGUCAAGAACGUUUUCGUUCCGUGACACAUUCAUAUUAUCGUGAUGCAAAUGCAUUAUUAUUACUUUAUGAUGUUACAUCAUAUUCAUCAUUUGAAAAUAUCUCAGCUUGGUUAAGUGAAAUAAAAGAAUUUGCACAUGAUGGUGUUGUUAUAAUGUUAAUUGGAAAUAAAAUUGAUAAAUCUCAACGUGUUGUAUCACGCGAAGCUGGUGAACGUUUAGCAAGAGAUUAUGAAGUUAGUUUUCUUGAAACAUCAGCUAAAACAGGUCAAAAUGUUGAAUUAGCAUUUAUGGCAACAGCUCAAGCAUUGCUUGAUAAAGAAUUAAGUCGUAAAACUCCUCAUAGUGGUCAUUCUACAUUAAAUGAUAUAGUUAGAAUGUCUGGGAUGUCAUUGAAUAAUACACGAGAUAAUUAUAAUAAUAUGGCAAAUAAUGCCAAAACUAAUGGUUGGUGUUGUUAA